UACAGCGACGAACGCAGCACACCCUGAAGAAGAAGAAGAAGAAGAAGAAGAAGCAGCAGCAGCAGAAGCAGAAGAUGACGCAGAAAUCGAACCUGUUCAAGGGCCAACAGAAGAAGAAAACCAUCCCUCCGAGUCGCCAUGGGAAAGCCCCUCCAACUCGCAAAGGGAAGAGGUACGUGAAGCCAUUGAAGGUCACUAAGGACAUGGAGAUGGACCGGGAGAUAAGCAAGUUCAUAAACCACUGCAACGAAGUGAAAGCAGCCACCGCUGCUAACAAGGAAGGUGGUCAGCUAAGCAUUGUCAAACCGCCACCCGAAUCUACUGCUGGCGAAAAGAAAUAAAUCAUUGUCGAGGUCGCAAAGAACACUGGUUAAAGACAAAUGGGUGGGUUUGGAGACAAAUGGGACCCCAAAUUUUGGGAUGAUGUACUAACUUAUCUGACAGUUUUUCCUAUAGAAAUUGCAAUACGUGUUAUUGUCUCUUGGAAUCUCUUUGUUUUCUUCAGAUUAUUAGAGUUGGGACAUAUGUAUGUAUCUUUUCUGAAGGCCAAAGAAGGGAAAUUUUGUAAUCUAGGAGUACAAAAAACUAUAGUAAUGGAUUGUGCCGUUUCUUUCA